AUGAAUGGGUACCUGAAGGAAUCCAACUUCCUGAUGGUGGAGGAGGGCUUCACCACCAGAGACCUCCUGGAGAACCUCCUGGUGGAGCUGUGCCAAGCGGUAAGGAAUGACCAGCAAGCCUUCUUUGUGGCAGACCUGGGUGACAUUGUGAAGAAACACCUGCUCUUCCUGAAGGCCCUGCCCAGGGUGAAACCCUACUUCCCAGUCAAGUGCAAUGGCAGUGAAGGAGUGAUCCGGCUGCUGGCUGAGCUGGGGACAGGCUUUGCCUGUGCCAACAAGGCAGAGCUCACGUGGGUUCAAAGCCUUGGUGUCCCUGCUGACAAGAUCUUCUACAGCAGCCCCUGCAAGCAGGUUGCCCACAUCAAACAUGCAGCCAGCCACGGGGUGCAGCUGAUGACCUUUGACAAUGAGGUGGAGCUGAGCAAGGUGGCCAGGAGCCACCCUCAUGCCAGGAUGUUGCUGGGUAUCACUGCUGACUCCUGCCCUUCUGCCCAGCCCAUGGCCUUUGGCACCACGCUCAGGUCCUGCCGGCAGCUGCUCGAGACAGCGAAGGAGCAGGCGGUGGAGGUGGUGGGUGUCAGCUUUCACCUUGGGAGCCAUGGGCUGGAGCCUCAGGCCUUCACUCAAGCUGUGGCUGCAGCACAGCUGGCCUUUGAGAUGGGCACAGAGCUGGGCCACCAGAUGCACCUCCUGGACAUCGGAGGAGGAUUCGCUGGCACCGAGGACACCAGAGCUGGCUUUGAGGAGGUCACUGCCACCAUCAACUCUGCCCUGGACUUGUAUUUCCCGGAGGGCUGCGGGGUGGAGGUCAUUGCUACCCCCGGGAGGUUCUACGUCAGCUCUGCCUUCACCCUGGCCACCAGCAUCACUGCCAGGGAAGAGGCCCCUGCAGAGCAGCCUGGCUCUGAUGGUAGGUGGGGUGGUGGGAUAGGCCUGACCGUGUGCCUGAGUCCCCCUGAGCCCUCUCCCUGCUCCCCUCCAGAGGAGGAGUCCAGCAGCAAGAGGAGCCUCAUGUAUCACCUCAGCGAUGGCAUCUACGGCACCUUCAGCUGCCUCCUGUUUGACAGCCCCUGCCCCACACCUCAGCUGCACAAGAGACCCUGCCCUGAGCUCCCCUUACACAGCAGCAGCUUCUGGGGCCCCCCAGGAGACCCAGAGGAUCGCAUCGCUGAUGGCCUGGAGCUGCCUGAGCUGCAGGUCGGGGACUGGCUCAUCUUUGAGGGCAUGGGUGCCUACACCACAGCCUCAGCCCUGCCUGGGGGGUGCCCCCAGCCACACAUCACCUAUGCCAUGUCCCGCCUGGCCUGGAAAACCCUCCAGCUCUUCCAGGGAAAGCCACCACAAACAGAAGACGAGCGGGAGAGCAUCUGCACCCCGCUGUCCUGUGGCUGGGAGAUGGCUGAGAGCCUCUGUGUGUCCCCAGUCUUCACUCCAGCCAGCAUCAUCUGA